AACGUUGAAUUAGAGAGCGGUCGGCGGGAGAGUGCUUCCAUGUACAUAACAAUCACAUAGUCUAGAGUCAGUUCGGUGGCAGCGCCAAAAGCCAACAGUAGAGCGGCAGUUGCUCGGCUUUUUAUAUGCAUUGUUGUUGUUGUUUUUUUUUUCUCCUACGCGUGUGUUGUGUGUGUGAUCAAGAAGAGCAUGAAAUUAAUAGUUUUCUAUGAAGAUGUUGUGCCGCGCCGCCAUAAAUAAAAAAGGAAAAAAAAUUAAAUUACAAAAUGCACAAUUAUGUUGAAUUCUAUCCAGCGUAGAGACACCGCCUACAAUUUGAGUUGCAACAGCAGUGGCAGCAGCACCAACAGCAGCAGCAAAAAUAACAACAACAGCCUCGUUUGUUAGUUGGGCGCGUCGUGAGAAUCAUGCAACAAUGUGAGUCGCAAGCCAAGACAACGAGCAAUCGACAACCAAACAACGAACGCAACGAAUAUCGAGUUGUUUAAGCCUGAAUCCCGAGCUGAAGACGGAUCCCAAUACAAAGCCCAGUUUCCAAAUAAGAAAAUAAGCGACAAGCCGCGACAGAGCUAGGCGAGAGAGAGAAAGAGAGAGAGACAGAGUGGGAGUGAGAAAAACAAGAGAAACAAGAGCACAAUAAAUCAAAGUGUGACGUUGUGGCGUGACGCACAAACAAUUCGGAGACUCCAAGUGGGCACAAAAUCUCCCUGGCGCAGGAGGCGGCGUCUAGAAGAGGCGAGGAGCGGGACCGUUCCAAUUUAAGACGCCAUGCCCAGUACUGCGGGCAGUGCGGCCGGCGUCGGUGUUGGUGCACUCAUAAAUAGCGCCGGCAGCAGCGCCAGCAUGGGCAUUGGCGCGGGCGCCGGAGCAGGUCUUGGAGGCGGCGGAGCAGGCGCCGCGGCGGGCACACUUAUUGCACAGACAACGGCGGGCACAAGUGCGGCCAGCGGCACCAUUCCGUGGGACAACAACGGCACCCUGCGCUCCAUCAAUCCUGGCGAUUGGUCUAUCGAACAGUGCCUGAUGUGGCAGCAACCCCAUCAUCUGUACUUUCAACUUGGCUGGGCCUUUCUUUUCCUCGCCUUUCUGGCACCCCACGGACCCCUCGGAUCGCUCUGGAUGCGAGCCAUGCUCCUUAUCGGUUGCAUCAUGAUGGGCAUGUAUGGAUACCUCAUCGAGUGCACACCCGAUGUUGUGCUCUGGUCGGGUCUAGGCAUAGGCGUCAACUUCAUUUAUCUCAUUGUAGUGCUGUGCCGGCUGCGACCCGUGCGUUUCGAGCAGGAAAUCGAGGCGGUUUACGUAGCGCUCUUCAAGCCAUUGCACGUGACCCGUCAACAGUUCAAAAAGGUGCUCAACUGCAUGAAAAUAAUACGGGCGCUCAAAUACCAGGAGGUCUAUGCACAGGAAAAAGUAACCAAGGUGGACAGCCUAUCGCUGGUGCUAAGUGGCAAAUUGGUCGUCUCACAGCAUCAGCGUGCACUGCAUAUUGUAUUUCCGCACCAGUUCCUAGACUCGCCCGAAUGGUUUGGCGUCUCGACCGACGACUACUUUCAGGUGUCCAUUAUGGCUAUGGAGGAAUCACGCGUUCUCAUCUGGCAUCGGGACAAACUUAAACUGUCAAUUAUGGCUGAGCCGUUCUUACAAACCGUAUUCGAUCACAUACUGGGGCGUGAUGUGGUCAAGAAACUGAUGCAGGUGACACAGGUGAGCGAAUCGAUUGCCAGCAAUGGCUUUCUACCCUCGGGCGGCUAUGCGGAGGAUGCCGAGGAUAAGCCCAUGCUCAUACUGAAGAAGAGUGUGGAUGUGGGCCAUGGACUGACCGCGUUGAUCAAUCGACAGCUGCAGGAAGAGCAUGUUCCUUUACUUGGUCGCACGUACAAAACUAAACCGCCGCCGUUUCUGCCACCACCGAAUUCAACGCCGUUGCCGCCGCUGCCCCAGCCGUCGCCGCCAGGUGGCGUAUUCGCUGACACCGACAUUGACGAGAGCAGCGCCCAUAGAAAAAAAUAAUCAAAUUAUCCAUAAUAUACCUACAUACAUACAUACCAUAUAUACAAGUAGUACAUGCAUAUAUACUACGUGUACUCUAUUAUCGGACGCACGUCCUGAAUUUCCUGUGCGUGCUUUCCACUAAGCAACAAUUUGAAAAACAAAUGAAAAACAAAAAGACGGUACACUUUUACAAAUAUUUUGGAUAUGCUGCCGCCAGCUCGCCAGACCACCCGCCCAACAGCCUGCCCGCUCAACUCCAACUGAUAAAAAAAUAAAAAAAAAUUGAGAAAAAAAAUAGCAACACACCGCCUACAUCACAGCCUUCACAAACACCUCUCCCAGCCAACAGUAAUAGCAACAACAACACUACCUACACAAAUAAUGGCACGCGCGCUAUAUGUACAUGCAGACAUAUACAUACAUACAUACAUAUAUAGAUACAUACAUACAUAUACAUAUGUAUGUAUGUACAACAGAAAAAGCUGAAGGAGCAGAUGAUGAAGCAAGCCAUGCGCUUUAAACUAUAAAUUCAUGUUGCCGUGCCACAUGCUACAUGCCACAUCAAUCAAUCAAUCACACAGCAGCCGCCUCAACAUCAACAUCAAUCAAGAGCGACAGCAACAUCAACAUCAGAAACACACCAAUAAUAUCAACACUUUAUCAUUAACAUUUGAUGCUCACACGCACUUGUAUUUACAUAAAUCUACAACUAUCUGUCUAUUGAUCUAACUAUCGCGCCAUGUUUAUGCAUAGCUCUAUGUAGAUACACACACAUACAUACAAGUAUAUUGUACAUAUGUAUGAGUGUGUACUUUACUCUCCAAAUUCGUGAUUCGAUCGAUGAAGGUGAUGCCUGCUACAUUUUUCAAUCUCUAACAUUUUUAGUCCCUAAUGCCUGAAUGCAUUUUUUAUCAUCACUCACCACACUUGUGCGUUUUUUAUAGUUCAAAAAAAUAAUGAUAUGCUCUUGGCAUCCGGAGAUUCCUUUAAAGGGUUUGACAUGCAAUUUUAACUCGCACCUCCUAAGGAAAUGCCCCCAACACUGUCGCAUAAAAUAUAAAAUAAUGCUUUACUGAAAUUUUUGAAAUGUUGCAACUAAAGUGUUAAUGGAACCCCAUUUUUGGGAGAUUCCAAUACUUCUACAAAAACAUUUCGAUUGCUAUUUGGUAUACAACUAAAUACAUACAAGUAGAUCUCCGUUAAAAGUCAUGUAAAUGCAAUUAUAUUUUCUACAUUUGAAAAAUGUUUUCUACCAAGCCAAGAAGCUUCAAUUUCUCUUCCUUUUUUUUUUGUCUUUUCGCUCUAAGAUAUUGCAAAUAGAGCUGGAGAACCCCAUUUAGUUUAUCAAUUGUUUACUGCCCAAUUAUGGGCUUGGAAAAUUAAAACAUUUUAGUAUUCGUAAUGAGAAAUCUAUAUCAGACCUGUUCCCUGUUCCACAACUGAAUUCGAAACGGGACUGUACACUUGAAUGCUUUGCGACAGGCAUUUCGAAAUCGAAUUCACAAAUUUGGGAGAUUUGAAACAGAAGGCAUUAAACUAACGAAAUCUCGCCCAACUUGACUUAAAUGUAUAGUACAUAUAUUUGCUUUUAAUUUCGUAACGCCUGCUCCGUAAAGAAUCCGAGAAAUAUUGCCAUGGACUGCCAGUGUCAAAAUGUUAUUAGAAAACACUAUGAAAUUUUCCACACAUCUCCUAGCAUUCCGUCAUCCCCUUAUGGGUGUAGAUGAUGGCAAUGUCUCCAUUUUGGGAUGAAUUUGGAUAAGUUUUCGCUCAUUAGUUCCAUCCUCGCAACACUGGUUUCCAAAACGGCCACACGAUCGCAAUUAAAAUUGCUGACAUGCGAUUGGUAAUUAAAUAAAAUAAUAAAAGGAAUAUUCAAAUGCUUUUACUUCCGUUCCACAUUCAAUGGAAAAUUUCUGAGCAGGCAACACAAACAUUUUCGUUUGCUUUGUUAUUUAUGUUGUUUUAUAAAACAUAACAACGAUUUCGUUUUUGUUUCAUUCAUUCGUUCUUAAUUCUUUUAUUUUC